CGUGUUACCUGAACGUGCUCCGGUGAACAAAUGACAACUGCAAGUUGGUUAUUCCUGCGUUUACGUAUCAACACACAAUGCGCUCCGUUUGAUUACAGUUCAUCCACGAAAUACGAAACACUAUUCUUUUAUCUUAUCCAUGCACAAAGGUUUGAUGUCACAUCUGCGUACAGUGAUCUGUUCCACCUAAAUUUUAAGUGUAACGAUUUCUACGCCACGAAAACUUGUCCGCAAAGUAAUUACUUAGGCUUCUCGUUCAGCAUUUUCAAAACAUCUAGCCUUGGUUUUUCUGGAGUUUUGUUUUUUUUUAAUUAUACGAGGGAGUUGUGGGCUCGUGCCGGUAUCAAUUCUUGCAUUUGAAGAUGGAUUUAUUGCGAUGUCUCAUUAUCAUCGCUGUGUCGGUUUGUGAAAUUACUGGUGGUAUUUCGCCGGAUUUAAGGGAAACAGGGGAUGAUAUCCGUAUAACAAAUUUAUUAAUGGAGAGUGCAGUGAAGUCGGAUGCAAGUUUUAUGACCUUUGCAAAUAUAUCCGCACCAAGUCUUGAUGUAACCUCCAUCCAUCGCAUUGCUACUCCCAUUGGUUAUUGGUAUUCGUUUGAAAAAUGGUUUAUGAAAAUAGUGCAACCGGCUGAUCUGAGCAUAGAUCUAGGACUGGAAAUGUAUGACCAGCUAAUCGUGAAUGGAUUUGCAAUAAAUACGCUGUUUUCUUUCCUCGGACGUCCUGAACUUCUGGGUACGGUAAUCCUGGUAUCGCUUGGAAUAGUAUAUGUGGUUAUAAUGCUUGUUGGAGGGUUUAUCUUUUGUUGUUGCCGCUGCUGCUGCAAUCAGAAAUACCAGAAAUACGACAAACACGGCUCGACUUGUGCGCGUUCCACAAUGACAAUGUUUCUCCUGCUCUUUACUGUGAUAAUGGCGUUUGCCACAAGCAUGUUGUUGAUAUCAUUCAAAGAUCUGGACACAUCUUUGCACUCCGCUCCUCGCGUCGUCAGUUCCAGUUUUUCCAAUGUUGACGCUGUACUUAAUUACACUGCUGCGCAAGCAACAAUAAUUCGAAAUCGGCUUUUCAAAUAACCUCCACUGCAAUUAUGACCGACUUGCAAAAUUCCGGAAGCAGUAUCAGUGCAGAUUUAUAUGCAGCGCUGAACCAACCAACUUUUCAAACCGCCAACGCAACAAAUAUGACCAAUACGCAAGUUGUCGUCGAUAUUCAACCGGAAAACCUGACAACGUCUCAAAACUCCUUCGAAACUACGCUGCACAAUGUGGUCAACAUCAACGAAACAAUUGAAAAUGUUCUGCAACAUCUCCGUACCUUGAAUCCAAAUAUGACCGGCAUUCAAAUCCAGAUGAGAAAUCUAAGCAGCUUCUUGGCAUCCGCUAAAGAGGAGCUGGAGAGAAUUGCCUGCAGCAGCCCACCGUAUGCGGUACUCUUGGUAUUGAUGCACAACAACUUCAAAUUCAGGAAGAUAUCUACGACUCUGAUCCUAACAUGGCCACCGCGGACGCCACUUUAGAAUCUCUUAAAGAGCGAAUCGAGCAACUGGGAAACGAAGGUCUGCACCAGUACUACAGCAUUCCAGACCGGAUACAGAACGCAAUACCUUCUGUGCAAAAAGAACUGAACAGUUCUUUACAAACAUUCGAGAAGGAAAUGGAUGACAAUCUGAUAACUGUCCAAAAAGAAAUUGCUGACGUUCGACAAAGUGUGGGAAAUAUCAGCCAGGACGCUGAACGAUCGGUUUCCAUAAUUGUACCAUACAGUGAUUAUGUGUGGUACGGCGCGAUCGGACUGGCUACCUUGUAUUCGGUUCUGCUCUGUCUAAUUUUCCUGGGAAUGUGUUGUGGUGCGGCGUCAUUCAAAUCAAAAACUCUUCCAACAGAGCGUCGAGGAUGUGUUGUGGCUUCUGGAACCAUAAUGAUGAUAUUUGUUUACGUUACCUUAUUGGUUUCGUGGAUAUUCAUGGUGGCAGCUAUGGGCAUAUUUUUGGCUGGCACCAUCUCCGAUUCGGCGAUAUGUCCAGUGAUUCUCGGGAAGGCAGAUAACUAUUCCAAACUUGAUAAGGCACUAAGUGUUUUUGUGCCAAACGGUUCAUUGCCCGUAAAUGUGUCCAAAGCCUUAACGGAAUGUUCGUAUGAUAAUUCCACAUUAUUCACCAUAUUGAACUUGACCGGGGAGUACGAUCUGAGCAGCCUUUAUCAGGAACUGGACAAUCUGGAUAUACACAGCGAAAUAAAUCAGUUGACCCAAAACAUUUUCGGCAUCGAUGUGUUCAGCAGCAAUACCGAAGACGCCAUUCGCAUGUUGACCGAAGAACUUUCGCGCGUGACCUUUAAUAAUUACAACUCAUCGGACAUUGUGAAACCCGUAUCAGCACUGGAAGUCAACAUUCAAAAUUUACUAGACAAAAUCGGCGAUAGUGCAGUCCCAGGCUUCGAAGACCUUGUGAUGCAAUUACAAACAAUUAUGCCAUGGCUUUCACGUUUAAAAGGAGAAAUCCAAAGUGUCGCGGCAGAAGUUGCCAUGUUCGACGCUCUGAAAGAUACUUCCUUAUCCCGUGUUAACCAAAUUUACUACGCAGCCAGCAAAGCAAAAUUACAUCUUAAUGGCACAAUACUGGCUGAGAAUGGGACUUUAAAUGAGAUAGUGCGCAACUUCGCUGAUCAUCAAGUGAAAUAUGGUCGGGAGCUAGUAGAUUAUAUUAUUUACACGAUAGAAAACGACAUCGGGAAAUGUCGUCCUCUCUAUGACACAUACGAAAACGUGGCCAAGUUUCUUUGUGAGGAUACUAUCGCACCACUGAAUGGAAUAUGGCUGGCAUGGGGAUCAAUCUUAAUUGCAUCGGUUCCCACAAUAAUAAUAGCCACGCGUUUAUCCAAAUACUACAGUCGCGCAAAGCGCACAAACGUACAGCGAAGACGUCCAGAAAUGUAUUUUGUGCAAGCCCAUGGAGACAAAGAGCACCGAGUAUGAAAUUAAUGUGAUGUUUCCAGCCCGCGUGUAGAAGGAUGCAUUUCGGUUGGUCUGGAACCAACGGCGCUUCUCAUAAUGUCGAACGAUAAUCUGGAACUGAAGCAAAACUAGCACUUUGUUCCCGUGGAUGCGUCUAUUCGUGCUGGCUGCGAAUAUGAACGAGAGGCAGAGAGUACUUAACUGGUUUGUCUUGCAACGAGAAUUUUCAACCAUCAACGACACAGAAUUGUGAUAUUUUAUAUUGUUAAAACUGAUUCUUCUUGUGGCUUUUUGUGUGAUGAAAUUCGACGGUAUAACACUGUGCUUUUGGCGGUACAAGUACUAAAAUUUUCGAAAUCAAAACUGUUCAAACAUAACCGAGACCGU